UUGCUCUCAGAAACGGCCCAGCCUGCUGCCGCUCUCGACCGUGCCCCGCCUGCUCUCAGCCCUCCGGCAAUCUCGGGCCUGCGUCAGUCGCGGAUGAGCUCGGGUCGGACUCGUCUGCACUAUGAUGACUCUCGGCUGCUCCUCGUCGCCGGAAAUUGGAGCUUGGGUCGCGGCGGCUCGCAUCUGGUUUCGGUCGUCGGCUAUCGGGAACUUUUUCGAUUUGCUGGACGAGGUCGCGGCUCGUCAAACAGGGUCGGAUUUCAGAAGUUGCGGCUCGUGGAUGUUGAUGCUCCCGAAGGUCGCAGCCCCGUCGGAGGUCGAGGGUCGCCGUUCACCUUCUCGCCGGAAAAUUGGGGCUCAAGGUCGCGGCUUGUUGCUUUCAUGGCUGUAGGAGGCUAG